AGCAUUUGUGUGUAUGUAGGCUAUGCUUCUCUCUUAGUAUGUGGUUAUUUAUAUGCAUGUACACUUUCCCUUCACUCUUUAAGGCAUGCAAGAUCAAGGAACUAUGUGUCAGAAUCUGAAGUAUGCAAACUGGAAUCUGUACCCUUGGACUUUGGCGAUUACCAUCCAUUGAAACCCAUUACAGUUACUGAAUCCAAGACGAAGAAGAUGAACCGGAAGGGAAGUACAUCUUCCACCUCCUCCUCUUCCUCGAGUUCUAUGAUGGACCCACUGAGCAGUGUGUUGGAUGGCACCGAUCCCUUGUCAUUGUUUGCAGCAGCUGCAGAUCCUGUGACUACUGUUCCUCCCAUGGAUGGUGCACGAAGGAAACGAGAAAAAGAUGAGAGCUCAGCAGUAGGAAGUGACUUUGAACCAUGGUCAAACAAACGUGGUGAAAUCCUUGCUAGAUACACAACAACAGAGAAGCUUUCUAUUAAUCUGUACAUGGGAUCUGAAAAAGGAAAAUCCACAACUACUGGUUCAGCAGUUUCUGAAAAAGUGAGGACAAGGCUGGAAGAACUGGAUGAUCUGGAAGAGGGGUCGCAGAAAGAGCUGUUGAAUUUGACUCAGCAGGAUUACAUGAACCGAAUUGAAGAACUGAAUCAGUCUUUAAAGGAUGCAUGGUCCUCAGAUCAAAAAGUAAAAGCUCUCAAAAUAGUAAUCCAGUGUUCUAAGCUUCUCUCAGACACAACAGUAAUCCAGUUUUAUCCAAGUAAAUUUGUUUUAAUUACAGAUAUCCUUGAUACUUUUGGGAAACUGGUGUAUGAAAGAAUUCUGUCAAUGUGCAUGGAUAACCGAGUCUCUCUACCAGAUAAUUUUUCUCCAGAGAGUGUUAAUGAUACGGCUAAAGAAACUUGCUUAAACUGGUUUUUCAAGAUUGCUUCAAUCAGAGAACUCAUUCCCAGAUUUUAUGUGGAAGCAGCAAUACUGAAGUGCAAUAAAUUCCUAUCCAAAACGGGCAUUUCGGAAUGUCUCCCACGGUUAACAUCUAUGAUCAGAGGAAUUGGAGAUCCACUGGUUGCAGUCUAUGCCAGAGCAUACCUUUGCAGGGUUGGGAUGGAAGUGGCACCACAACUCAAAGAAAGCCUGAACAAAAACUUUUUUGACUUUCUCCUAACAUUUAAACAAAUACACGGGGAUACAGUUCAGAACCAGCUGGUGGUGCAAUGUGUGGAGAUCCCUCUGUAUUUGACCCUAUAUUCUCCUGCUAUAGACUGGAUUUUACAGUGUAUUGCAUACCAUGCUCCAGAUGUUCUGCUUACUGAGAUGAUGGAAAGAUGCAAAAAGCUGGGGAACAAUGCUUUGCUGUUGAAUUCAGUAAUGUCGGCGUUCAGAGCAGAGUUUAUUGCUGCGAGAUCAAUGGACUUCAUUGGCAUGAUUAAAGAGUGUGAUGAGUCUGGAUUCCCAAAGCAUCUCCUCUUUCGCUCCCUGGGAUUAAACUUGGCAUUGGCUGAUCCUCCUGAAAAUGAUCGUCUUCAAAUAUUAAAUGAAGCCUGGAAGGUUAUAACAAAGCUGAAGAAUCCACAGGAUUAUAUCAACUGUGCUGAAGUGUGGGUGGAGUAUACGUGCAGACACUUUACGAAGCGAGAGGUCAAUACAGUUCUGGCUGAUGUUAUCAAACACAUGACUCCUGAUCGAGCAUUUGAAGAUGCUUACCCACAGCUGCAGACAAUUAUUCAGAAAGUUAUUACCUACAUCUAUGACUUUGCUCUGCUUUUUUCAGUGGAGAAAUUCUUGCCAUUUCUGGAUAUGUUCCAGAAGGAAAGUGUGAGAGUGGAGGUUUGCAAGUGCAUUAUGGAAUCUUUUAUUAAGCAUCAGCAGGAGUCAACAAAGGAUCCUGUUAUACUCAAUGCUCUCCUGCAUAUCUGUAAGACGAUGCAUGAUUCUGUGAAGUAAGAUGAACUUCUAUUA